GUGCAGGCGACGCCUCUGCUGCCUGCCUUUGAACAACUGAAUUGUUUUUUCUUUCCGCCGAAAGAUUUGCAAAUCGAAGUUAUCGUAGGUCAUAGGAUUAAACUCGGUAAACAAGCACAAGUCAUUAAAGACCGUAAAACGUACAAAUGGGUUCAAGUGGUACACACAUACCCAGAGGAAUUUGGGAUGUUUGAAAGCUCAAUUUCAAAGGGUGAAGAAAAGCGCAACACCAAAGUAAGACUGUGUGAAAUUGCUGAUCAUGUUGUUGGAGUCGGACCCAAGUUGAACCAGACCUUUCGCUCAUAUCUUUCUAGUUGUAAUAAUGAAAUAAUGAUGGUAAUGUCUUUAAUUGACCUCACCCCUAAAGUAUUUGAAGAGUUUGAGGCUGUAAAGCAAGUCAGUCAUAGCUUUAGGCAACAACGCAGAGUCUUGGUGUUUCGGAGACGCAGAAGAUUUUGAAUUAAAGGGAUUUGACACCGCUGGGAAAGCAAUUGCUGCGUUAGAAGAUAUUAGUUUUACGUUUGCUGGGGCACCGUAUGGAGAACACGAAGAAAUGUGUGGUGUUCCUGCAAGUCGAUUAAAAGUAAAAGUAUUUGUUCAAGACCGAGAGGGUUUAAAGCGCUUGUUCCAACAAGUGGAUCUUGUAGUCAUGCCUUCAAGAACAGAGGGCUUUGUUUUAUCAGGACUCGAGGCAAUGUCAGCUGGUCUCCCUGUGCUCGUCAGUCUCAACUCUGGUUUUGGAGAAGCACUGAGUAGUGUAGCUUUUGGUUCAGCAUUUGUGAUUGAGUCAAAGGACCCCGCAACCUUAGCCAUCCAGAAUAUCUGGUCCAAGGACGGGGAAUGUCGACUUGAGGAAGCGGUGACCUUGCGUAAUUCCUAUGUCAGGAAAUACAACUGGGCCAAACAGACAAAGGAGUUAGUUGACAGGAUUAUCAACCUGGCUCAUGCUAGGAAUGUCGAUUAUCUUUUCUUCAAUGGUACAUUAUCAGGAAAUGAUAGAAAAACAAAAUAUACAAAAAUGUGACCCCCUUUCAAGUUUUGUCUUUAAAACUUGAAAAAAUGCUCACUAAUACCUAUCUGAAUGCUGAUAUCAGGAAAACUGUAACGUUUUUAAUUUCUUUAGGUAUAUUGUUUUCAGCGGAAUGGUCUAUGGACUACGUAUGCAGCAUGCGUAGCAGUCAUUUCUGUCUGCUUUUAACCAAGCGGGAGAUGCGCGGGGGGCGCGCGAGAGCGAGAAAAAGUUAGGGACGGGGUAGGAAUUAAAAUACCGGCCGCUGAGCCUUUUUUCCAGGAAUACACAACCCGAUAUAUCGUGCAUAACAAAUGUCCACCCCGGGUAGGAAUGGCCCGCACACCUUGAAUUGACUGGGUCUUAAGUUUCAAAGAAAUUGUUGUUGAUUAUAUGAACCUACUAGUUUGAAUUUUAAAAAAUUAUUAUUGUAACCAAAGUUUAUUUACUCAGAGCCUGUUAUGGAAAAUGACAACAACCCAAGAACAAACUAUCAUGACGACAAGCAGCUUGUUUCAGAAACGUCCCUUGGUAAAAACUGUGAAAAGAAAGUUGAUGCUGCAUCAGGAAACCAAACUGAAACAUCCACAGUUAAAAUGUCUCAGUCACAAAAUAGCCGUAAGCGUAAAAUGUCAGAAUCUUCUUGUGAUCCAGGUAAGCAAAAACCUGAUUUGUUUUUCUUGCUAUUGCCCAAUAGUGCAUCUAGGGGGUGUUUGGGGGGUGAUUGUUAGAACAGUUAAUGGUGGUUUUGUCUACAGGACUUGCUGCCGUUUAAGGUGUAGCAGUGUAAUCCUUCACUCACUGUACUUGUGUACUCAGAUUUUAAUACCAGAUGUUACCUUGGGCUCGCGAAAAACUGCAAAUCUGGGGACCGGCUUAUACUCACUCAAACGACGAAGACUAAAAUAAUUUUCUGGCGAUAUUUCUGGUCUCCUCAAUGAAGAUUCAUCUUUUAUCAAUGACAUUUUCUUUUUUUUCGGACUACCAGGUAUUACCAGGUUAUCAAGGCCUUAGUUUUCUCCCUGACUAUCUGCGAAUAUUGUUUACAUUUUUGUCAUUAGCAUGUGAGUUAACCUAUGGAAGGCGUCGCCGUGUACAUAUAUACAAACAAGAGAGGAUAAAGGGGACAGAGAAGGCAUCCCCCAUACACACCCUAUUCCAUAGGUAAUUCGUCUCGAGUUAUUUUUAACACCAUAGAUCCCAAGGGGGAUUAGACAACAGCCAAUCACAUAGCGCGAAUGUGUUCCGCGUGGAUGACCUACGCUCAGAGCCACGCGUCCUUGACGAAUUAACGUAGAAAAAAUGGCGGAAGACGCUGAGAGCGAUAUUGCUAUUUGUUUUGUCGACGAAAACGACUAAAGAGAGAUUUCUGCUAAAGCUGGGUCAGCGAAACGGAAAUUAAAAGAGAAUCGUCCUUUCUCUCUUGUAUAGAGCUAACAGUACAGCAGGGAAAUCCUUAACACACUGAAUAUUCUCUCAGGAUCAUUUUUAAUUUACAGUUUGAUGAGAGCAAUUUCUGGUUUGAUAUUUAUUCUUUUAUUAGUCUUUUAUUAUUGAACAAAAAUAACACUUGUCGUCCUACUUGCUUUAUUAUACAAACGACCGGUUUCAAUAGACCGGCGAAAUUUCUCAUUUUAUUAAAGUACUGAGGUUACGACAAAUUCGAGUUAAACUGAUUUCACGGUUGUCAAAGAGUCCAGCGAUUCCCUUUUCCCAGGUGAGCGCCGACUCAUUUCGCUUCAAUAUUCAGAAAUGCUCUCGAUCUCUUUACGCUUUCAUUGCCUUUCGCCCGACAUGUUUUGCACGGCGUUUAGUUAUGCGCAACCUCCACGAAACAUCCACGUAGCGCGCGAGGUAACUAUAUCCUAAUUCUAAAAAUAACUCGAGACGAAUUACCUUUGGAAUAGGGUGUGUAUGGGGGAUACAAAUAAAGUUGAAAUGUUCAAAAAGCUCGUAAACUUGAGAAAUUGUGCAGUUUUUAAUUAAGUUUCGAGUUUCUUUGUUUCCGUGUCAUCGAUAAGACAAUUUUUUCAUUUAUAUUUGUGUGAACCAAAUCCAUGGGGUUGAAAAGGGUUCAUAUACCUAUUCUAAAAUUUGAAUGACAACAAUUUAUUAUAUUAAAAUUUAUUUUAACAUGCGAACUUGCCUGGAAACAAACAAGCAAACAAAAUGGUCAUCAUGAGUAAGUCAUAACUUUAAAAAAGAAAAUGGAAGGAAAAAAGGUGUGUCAAAGAGACCUCAGCAAGAACUUAGGCCCCGUCCACACGUAUCCGGAAAUUUUUGAAAAAAAGGAGAAAAAAAAGACGAAUUGUGGAGUAAACUGGCUAAGAGCAAAAAGCACAAAGCCACCUUUAAUUGAAUAUCACGUCUUAAAUGUCUGUAAUAUGUACACUCGAUAUCAGCCCAGUAAAGGUGAGGGCACAAAACACGCCAAAUGCAAUUAGCCCUGUGUACACAAAUCGAAAGAUCAAGGUUAAAAUCAAAGUGAGGGAACACAAGCGACCCCUUGUUAAUCAACAAUGUGUAUCAUUUUCAGUGUAACCUGUAUAAUACUGGUUAUGUCUGCUACACGUGCCGACACCUUCACCAGCGAAUUGAAGAGAUCGGAUCGGUUUUCAUUAGCUUUAUUAUUAUUUCUUUUCAAUUUGAUAAAUAUUUUAUCACUCAUUGUUUACGUAAAUUAUUCAUCGCAUCUUAAUAUUAAUUGCAUUCUUACCUUUUAAAACAUUUUUAAACCGUUUGUAAUGUUAAUGCUGAUUUUUUAUUUUUUACUCGCACGUGAGAAUGACCUCGGAGGCGUCGAAACGCCGUGACUUUCUAUCGCUAAUUUUCAUCUUAAAAUGUAGACAUUUCUAAUCAAGAAGUAAUAACACAAUUAUUAAAUUCGGCUUUCGUAUAAUGUGAAGAUUUAUGCUGAUCUCUGAGGCUGUUUUCCGCCGAGGCCGAACAAUCUCCUCGACCUGCAUUAUUCUUCAUGUCAUACUCAGGCUCAUUCAAUAAUUGUCAAAUAUUUCAGUCGCCGGAUGGGAAAAAAAAGGAAAAACACGUCAUUCAAAUCAUUGUGUUCAAAGGUAGAUUCUCGGAAAAAAGUAAGGUUUUUUAAAAAAAGCUGAGAUGAAACGUACUUCUGACAAACAUGCAAAACCCCGACGAAAGCAAACUCGUCAUUGAGACGCACUAACAAAUAUUUUUAUUCAAGUAAAUGCGUUUUAUGCAAUGUAGCCGAUUUCCAACAUUUUUGCGAAUUGUUAUCUAAAGUCUUCCGUCUCACUGUUCCUUUCUUAAUUUCUAGGCGCCAUUGUUAAAGUUCUUAAACUUAUAAUCAGUGCCCCAGAUCUAAGCGAUGAGCAACAAGAAAACUUGGAUGACAUUUUAGAAGUUCACGCAAGCAAAUACUUGAUCCACCAUAGUCCUUUAACACGUGAGGGUUUAAGUGCCUUUUUUGACCAUCUUGUGGAGGUUCACAAUGUGUCUGUGAAGUCUGUGCAAAAGGGGUCUUUGAUAUUAACAGUGGAGUGCCCCACUCUAGAGAGUCUUGAGAGACUAUGGAAUGACUAUCAAUCGGGUUGCCUUAAUGAUAUCGCUGAAAGUUGCUUGGUGACUGAUGAACUGAAGAGAAAGCUCGGAUUGGACCAUGUCAGAUUGAGGAUAACUAUAGAAGAAGAAAACUACUUGAUUUGUAAGAAAGCUCUUAUGGAAAUCGCAGGUGAGCUGUGCAGUCUCUAUAGAGCUUUUUUGGGGAACAUGUAUUUUGGCUUAAUAUGUAACUUGGAGCAAUUUGCCUGUAUCUAUUUCAGUAUCAAUUAAUUCAACGCAAAUCUAAUGGACAGUUGGUGGGAGAAAUUUUUUGUCAAAACUUUUUUACUCAUGGCCCUCAUACUUAAUAGAGAACUGAGUGCAAUAAUCCAGCUAAAUGUUAACAUCUUGGCUAGAAUGUCCACAAAAUGUCAUUUACCACCUUAAUAAUAUACACGAAAAAAUUACUCAAUUCCGAUUGGCUGAGAAAGGAGUGCAGUUCCCCUGUAACACGAGUGCAAAACUUGUAACACGAGUGCAAAUUACAAAUGGUUUCUGAUUGGCUGAAAACACAAAAGAAACCACCAAGAACCAAUCAGAUUAUAGCAGUUUUAACAACAAAAUUCAAGAAAAUGGCCAUGGUUUUCAGCAGACGACGACGGGAUUUAAUUUCGUACGCAAAACAACAAUAGAAAAGUUAAAAAAUAUUCCAAAAACCUGAACACAGUAAAAAGUACGUCGUUCUGGCUAAAUGUAUUGAAAAUGCGUUGCUAAGAGAAAAAUACUGUCAACAAAAUCGAGGAAAAUGAACCAGAGAAACUGAAAAACAAGCUACUUAUAACAGACUACGCCUAAAGUAAGAAAAUAAAGAAAAAACGGUUGCAACCAAACGCAAACCAUGACAGCUACACUUUUCAGGCAUUUAAAUGAACAAGGAUACAAGUUUUGCAUGAUAACAACAGGGAUUUCAAGUCACGUACGUUAUUUGUUGGAGGAGAAAGUUUCCGGUUGCUCUCUUUGAGUCUUUUGUGGAGCGAAGACCUCUAUUAAAACAUCCAUGCGAUGGUCUGUUUUUUUCUACCUCAGUAGCAAACGAAACUGAAAAUUUAAACAUCUGGUCCAAACUAAACCAAUGGGCGAAGAUACCAUAACUAACAUAAUGAAAGAAUUCUUAGCCGGUACUAGCCUUAAAGAAAGUGAGAAAAAAGUUUACGAAUCAUCGUGCAAGAAAAGCAACAGUCAGGAAGCUGAAGAAAGCAAAGAUUGUAAGUUCAGAACAUAUCGCCAACGUCACAGGCCACAGAGGUAUAAUUUUCCUUAACGACUACGAUGAAGCCGACGAAGAAGAGCUACGUAGGAUGACUCUUGCAGUAGGCCUAAUGAAAUAAUGAAAACCCCGGCGGUGAGAAAAAGCAAAUCUUAUAUUAAUACUGACAGUUCCCGACAUCACAACAACUGUGGCUCCACUCACCCAUCGAUGGCAGCGUCGAAAGAAAACAAAUUGCCUCCUUCAUUUUCGGGUUUUAAAUCUCAAAAAUUUCUCCAUGAAUUCAGCUAUGAUGGGGUCUCAGGAACAGACAAUGAUGAACAGUCGUUAAAAAACCUUAGCAAUUGUCUUUCAUCUUUGGCUGCGCGAAGCGUUCUCCUGAUUUCAAAACGGCAGUAUACUUCUUGUAAACGCUUCUUGUAAACGCCGAGCUCUCAUAAUCGAGGAUGAAUUUAAAAACACUUACUUUUGCUGAUUAUUGUAAACCAAGUUAUCUUUAACAGGCUGGUGACCAUAUAAAAUCAACCCUUGCACAUUUCCAAGUUCUUAGCUGAAUGAUUUUGAAAGCGUUGGUCUUGAAAAAGUUUGAAUUUGACAANUUUGGCUGCGCGAAGCGUUCUCCUGAUUUCAAAACGGCAGUAUACUUCUUGUAAACGCUUCUUGUAAACGCCGAGCUCUCAUAAUCGAGGAUGAAUUUAAAAACACUUACUUUUGCUGAUUAUUGUAAACCAAGUUAUCUUUAACAGGCUGGUGACCAUAUAAAAUCAACCCUUGCACAUUUCCAAGUUCUUAGCUGAAUGAUUUUGAAAGCGUUGGUCUUGAAAAAGUUUGAAUUUGACAAAGGUAGUAGUCUGUUUCAGCCAAUCUGUUGAAUGAACUAAAAACGCGCGCGCUGUCAAAAUUCGUUGUUGUAGUUAUGUUUUUCGUGUAUAUUAUUAGUAUAGGUAAUCACAUGAUUUUUCUCGUGUAAUUUGGAUUAAAUAAGCACUUGUAAAUUUUUCAAAGACCACAAAGUACACUCGCCUUACGGGCUCGUGCACUUUUGUUGGUCUUUGAAAAAUUUACUCGUGCUUAUUUAUUUCAAAUUGCACUCGAAAUCAUGUGAUAACCUGUACAAAUCAUGAAAUGAUAAAGGGGGCAUUCGGAGACUAAUGGAGGUCAACAACAUUAGCUAUUGACGAAUGCACCUCCUACAUGUAAGUUAAAUGGAUUAGGAUUGCUGUGUAGAAUGCUUCUUCUUUGUCACUUAUGUUCUUGUUCCUGUUUCAUCUGACUGAGCUGCACAUCUUAUGAGGCUCACAGGCGAAAUGGCCUAGUUUCUUCCUAUGUACAGCCCUUUCCUUUCUGUUCUACUGAGCAGAAAGUAGAAAUUUCAAAGUAAAGUGUUCAGUAUUAUUUUUAUUUUCAGUUUAAGUAAAGAGUUAGGAAGUUAAGUUCGCACGUAUCGAUUAACCGUUUUACAUAAAAGUCCCCGGAUGUAAAUAGUGGGAAAGGUUUUUGUGGGAGAAAUACAAAUUGUUGUAAUUUGUUCCGUAUUUUGUUGAAUAGAUUCUACGGAUUUUAAAGCGGAAACCUAAGGUAAAACGUAAAGGAUGACUAGAAAGAGCCGUUUUGUUGAAAUAAACAAAAACUGCCAACAUUGGAUUUCAGCAGAUUUAUUCCUUAUGCUAAAAGAGAGGAGAAGUGUGACGUCACGUUACCAUAGUAACAGAAUUUCUGGAUCACAUUUAUUAGGGAGUUUAACCGACGGCGAAGGCAAUAACAACGGCGAACAAGCAGCAGCAGAACAACAACGCUGCACGUGCCUCAUGCCACGCUGUCCAAUAGGGUGGGUGGCUCCUCCUAAAAUGUUCUGCAAUUGGUAUAGGAUUUAAUGGAGUCGAAACCAAUUGUGGCAUUGCACGCAUUUUAGGCAUCCUACUGAUGAACAGUUGCGACGCGUAGAUAUAUAUUUCUUAGCGACUAAGAUGAUUUGCAGUCUUUCUACUUUGAAUAAGAUUUCUUAGCCGUCGUUUCACGACUGCGACACGAAACUUCCUAAUUUCACGCGCCCGCUUUAUAGAGUAAGUGAACACAACACAAAAAUUUCUUUUUCUUUUUCUUGUUCUUAACUUUCAAAUUGAACACUAGAAAAUUUGCGGUUGUAAACUGUUUAAUUUUACUGCAAAAGCUACACAACAGUAGGUCUUUUAAACGAUGGUACCGUUACACUGCAUUGCUGAAGAGAGAUAACCUUCAUGAUAAACAUUCCGCCUGUAGUACGUAAUUCCAACCACUAAAACUUUCCCCGAGGGUGCCCGCUUAAAACAAGUUUUACAGGCCAUUAUAAUUGGUAUCUUGUUGCUGGUGACACUACUGUUUUGAUUACUAGGAGUAGCAAGUAUCUCCGAAACUUCAUCUCAAACAGUUGAUUCAGAUCAGGAAGAGGAUACAAGGAGGAGUGAAGUAAGCUCAAAUGUAUUUCUUUAGUUGUUGAUUAUGUUGUUUAGUUCAGUUCCCAUGAGGAUCAUUAGACUCUUUACAACCCACUCCUGUAAAUUUCACAGCACUUAACACCGACCAGUUUACUCGUGGCCGCUCUUUCGUUUUUUUUUUUCUUGCUUGGAAAUCGUUUUACACCAUGGAAAACCCAAAUUUAUUGGUUUGCCGGUUAAAUUCCUUGCCGAUAGAUCAAAGUUUCUGUUCUGCGCUACGGCCCGAAGGAAGGAUAACAGGCUGUACUGCCGUUUUUUUUUUUUCUAAAUCCAGAUUGUGCAUUUUCAGCAAGUUUUUUUAAGGGAGUGUACUGAUGUUAGCUAGUUACGUUGUCGGAGAAGGUGUAGAGUUUUAAAGGACGUCUGUUACACAAAAGGAGAAAAGUAAGGGUACUUGUAAGGAAGGGUAUCCUGAAAAAUCUAAUUUCUCACUAAUCCUCCGCAUUCACGAUUAAUCCACAACCACGACGACGAAGUGUACGCUCCCAUAGCGGCUUGUUAGCUCGAUGUUGGGUGGAAGUUUUGUACCAAACAAAUACCAGCGCCUGACUGUAGAGCGGGAGGUCGCGGGUUUGAAUCCCGGGACCGGACCAACACUCAGUGUCUUAAAAUGUCUGAGAAAUGAAGGUACUGCCUUUUCCCUGGACCUCUCUCUUGCUGGACCUCGGAUGACCAUGUAAAAUGGCGGUCCCGUCUCCAGUAGGAGACAUAAAAAUAGUGUCCCCAAUUGGUACUUUCGUGCUAAAUGCAUUGACACUCAAAUAAGGUGCAUUUUUUCCCAUUUUGAUCAAUAGACCGUUUAUAAGCCACUCCUUGUGAAUUCCGCACCACUUGACGCCUACCAGUUUUCUCGUGGCUGCUUUUUUCGGUUUCUUAUGUAUGAGGUUUAUAAGUAUACCUACGUUUAAUUUGUACUAUUACGUUUGCAUCCCUUUUCUAAAAUAAUCUGACUCCGUUUACUUUGCUAUUUUUUUUUUGCUCAGCAUAUCUUGUUAGCGCUUAUGAUGUGUCUUAAAUCUGGCUUUUCUUAGUGCUUUGUAUCCUAUUUUUUGCAUAUAUCCCUUAUAUUUUGGUGAUUUUUUUGUUACUCUAGCCCUAUUGGUGUAACGAACUAGAUUGCUGGCGGUUCCCUCCAUUCAUCACUGUGUUGUUUUGUCAAUUCAUACUUAUAACCCCCGGGGGUGACUCCCUAUAAUGGCCUAUACAGUCAACUCUCUCUAAGACGGACACCUUUGGGACCGGCACUAGCUGUCCGUCUUAGAGAGAUGUCCGUCUUAAUAGAGGGAGCAAAGAAAGGCAGGGACCAACUCUAGGUGUCCGUUUUACAGAGGUGUCCGUCUUAUAGAUGUGUCCGUUAAGAGAGAGUUGACUGUAUUCAUCAUUCUGUUGUUUUGUCUCUUGUUUUCUAUUCGGCUGAGCGUAGCGUUAAAGAAUACAAGUAUAUUUUCUUUGGGGAGUGGUGAAACUGGCGAUAUAAUCAAGCAGGAAUGUAACAAGGCAGCCAAUUUUUAUCAAGGAAUUUUUGGUUUUGGACCUUGUAUUUCAUAAUAGUAACCUGAAGAGGUGCCGUGUUAGAUGGUACUUGAAACAAAAUGGUGAAUAGGGAGAGUUGCUCGUUAGCUCUAAAUUGGAUGGAAGCUUCAUACCAAACAAAUACCAGUAGUGGCACAAUAAAUUAAUUUUUAUUUAUUAAUUUGUUUAUCUAUUUAUCCUUUUAUUUAUUUAUUAUUAUCCUAGGACAAGAAGCAGGCUCUGUCACCUAUGGCCAGAGCUGAGAAGGCUAAAGUAAGUUCAGCAGGAAGAUCGUUAAGAUACAUAGUGUAGUGUGCGCUCGUUGUGUAUUCAAACAAAGCAAAAAAAAGAAUGAAAAACGUCACUUGGUGCAAGAAAUUAAGUGCCAUGUUGUUAACGAGUUGCACCAAAAUCAAACUCAGCAGAGCGUAGCCUUAUUAUGAGUUGCAACAUCGUUAACUGUACACAAUUGCGAGCCCUUUUACAGUGAGCCCUGGAGGACAUUUGCUCAGUUCUGAGUUAUUAUCUGCAGUAUUUAUACAACUAUAGUUAGUAAAGUUUAAUAUGGGAGCGAAGAGGGAUUAAAAUCAAAUGCUGGAUAACGUUUUAUAACAGAGUGCAAAGUUUGCAGACUAAUGAGUUUGGCUUUCAUCUACAGGAUUUUGUAAUCUCUUUACAUUUACAUAAAAGGAUAUUUUUUAAACUAGGCGUCGAGAGGCCCUCUACACAAGGCUGCUAUCAGUGGACAAUACAAAACGGUCAAAACGCUUCUUGAAAGUGGAGAAGAUGUGGAUCUAAGAGAUCAGGUUUGUAGACUACAAUUAGGUGCUUGUGUUGAGGUUUUGCGCCAGCUUUCGAGCUGGCAGGGUAUAAGAAGCAAGAUUUUGUAUAAAAGUCUUAUUGCAUACCUUGCGUUUGUGAACGAAUUCAUCCUGAUUGGUCGGUGAUGGCAGACACCAUCAUUAAGACGGAUAACAUGGCGGGAAAAUUCACAAUUCUUUUUUAAACCCGUACUUGCCGAUUGUUUCAGGAUACACAGAUUUAGUUUUAUUUACUAUGUAUGUAACACCACAGCGUUAUAUUAUAGCUCACGAUGUUGUAAAUGGAUUUUUACCCAAAAGUUUGGUUAAAGAAUGAGAUAAUGAAAUGAGAUCUUGCGCGAGUGUUUCCUUAAAGGGUGGUUUUUAUUAGCGACGGAGUCCUAAUCAGAAGCGUAGAACUUGACGAUCUAGUGUAAACAGCGUUUUGAUUCCGUUUACGACUCCGUCGCUUACGAUCAAGUGAAAACUAAGUCGUAGGAGUCUCAAACAGAAGUGGAAGAACAAAGCCAAUCACAAAGCGUGAGAACGUGCAUUGUGAUUGGUUUAUCGUUCCUCUUCUACUUCCGACUCCGACAGUCUGGUUUUCACUUGAUCGUAAGCGACAGAGUCAGAAGCGGAAUUGGAAGAAAAUGGAAACUUUCUGAUUCUUCCGACUCCGAUUCCGUCGCUGUUGCGACUCCACUUUUAUGAUUUCGACUCCGACUCCGUCAAAUAGUACUUGAAUAGGACUGUUGUUGACACGAAAGGACGUUCCGACAUUCUCUGUGGUAGUCGUCAUCAAAGUCAAAAAACUCUUCUGAUUGCUUUCACGUGGGAAGAAGACUUCCUUAAAGGUUGUUGCAAUAUUAUUACCAACAGUGCUAUCUAAGACGACAAUUACUCAGAUCAUCGUAAACUGUGAAGUUAUGGGAGAAAUGUUGCUAGAACCAAUUACGUUCCCAACAUGAAAUGUUUAAGUCUGAGGCUAAGCACUGCAGAGAAUAAAAAUGGUUUUAUUUAUUUAGUGGUCGAAUUUUUGUUUGUUUGUUUGUUGUUGUUGUUUACUUUUUUACGAUAGUAACCUGAGGAUGUUCUGGACCGUGUUUUCCCCAUGCAAAAGAAUCAGGUCUCUGAAUUUAAUAAAAGAAUUGGUCUCCUACUAAAAUGUGACCUCCAACAUUGCAUUUGGUUUCAUUUAGAGUGUUCCACUUGGAUUGCUUCAGAAUAAACUAAAGAGGACAAAGAAAAGACGCUUUGGCUUUAUUCUUAGCUUGGUCGUAAAAAUUAGUCCACUAUUUCAAGACCAUUGUUAUUAGCGGGACUAGCUGGCUUCUUUCAACGUGACCUAACUGCGUUGUUUUUUCCUUUUCUGGUAGUUUUUUCUGACCCCUCUUCAUCUUGCCUGUUGGUAUGGACAGGAGUCUGUUGUUAAGCUUUUGUUAAAACAUGGUGCGAACUUCAACGCUGAAGACAAGGUGAGUUAAUAAAUGUUGUAUAAAUCAAACAAUAUAAUGCCGUGAAAAAAUGAACGUCUACAAUCAACGUAAUUUACUACAAUUAGCGGACCACCACGGGACCUAUAUUUUGGGAAUAUCUCUUUUUAGUAAAAUCCGACUAGUGGUCUAUUAUCAAUGCUGCGUUCUGAUUGGUUGAGCUACUACUAGGCUAUAUGUUAUAGCCCACUAGUAGCGAAAAGCGUGGGCUUUUUGGUGGCAAAAAAGGAUUAAAGGCUAGCUUUAACUAGCUAAACUUUUUUUAUUCUCGAUAUUUUUGACCAACUAGUUGGAUUUUACUAAAACAAUUAUUCCUCUCGCCCUCAUGGCCUCUGAGUCAUCGGGCACGAGGAAUAAUUGUUAAAUAUACUUCCUUCAAUGGUCGUGGUACUUUUGCCAGACUGCUUUUGGUGCAGGAGUUUGCAAGUAUUUAAGAGAAGCAAUUAGCUAUGAAUACCCCCUAAAGUGAUUGUGAAUUAGAGAUAGACCACCACACCGGGGACUACUUCCCUCACUCUGAGUCAUUUAACGUCGUAUAGAAUUUAGCAUGUGAGACGAAGCUUCCAAUUUAUCGUCCUUAUCCGAGAAGACUAGCCGUUUUCUAAAAAAAGUGGUGGUAAGGGCUGAAAACCGAUUUGUAGCUAAAACUAUUGUGAUGUCACUGCCACUUGAUAUUUAUUCCCAUCGCCCAAAAAUAAUAUCAUAAUAAAGUUUAGUUUAUGUCUAAUACAUAUGUUAUAAUAGCCUGGGACCAGACUCCGAAGUGCGGGGUGUUUCAUUCCGUUUUUUGCCUUUUUCUCCCACUACAGAGCCUGGUCCCAGGCUAAUGUUAUUUACGAUUAAUGAACGAGCUGAGUAGGAUAUGAAGAAUUAAGCAGAUCGAGGAGGGUGUUCUCUACCGAGGCCGACGGCCGAGGUGUAUAACAGCCUCCGAGAUCUGCUUAAUUCUUCAUAUCCUACGAAGGCCGAAUGCAUUAAUUGCUUUAUUAUUCAUUUAAAAUAAUUCCUAGUUUAAAAACAUAGCUAAAACGUGGUUACCUGCAUCGAUGUUAAGUGUAUCUUCGAUAGUGUACGUUUAGGUUUGUCCAGCUCCGCAAAUAUUCUCCAAAUAUAUUCUCCAAAUAUUCUCCAAAUAUUCUCCAAUUCUUGCUGUUUUUGCCAUGUUUUUAGCUAUUAUUUCGCCUAGUUCCAGCUGUAGUUCUUACUCUUGAAACGAGCCAUUUUUUUGUCACAACAAAAACAACUCAACCUCCUGCCCAGGUCUUCUCGGUAACGGCGCCUUAACCUGUAGCGGGCUGCAUUUUUGACGCCAUUUCCUCGUUAAACACAAAAUUCUUCCAAAUUUGGUCAUCAGUAACUGGUUAUGGUGAAUUAUGCGUGUGCUUUUAGCCAAUCAGAAUUGGGGAAAUAUUUUGAAUGAAUAAUAAAAUGGUUUUACAAUGAGGAUCAAUUUAAGUACGAGAGACUCAAAGAUGGAAGGUGAAGCUGCAAAAAGACUGGUUCCAGCCAUCUUAAUACAGGUUUCCUUGUGUUGGUGGCUACCCUAUGUAGACAUACCGUAAAUGACUCAAUAAACGCCCGGGGCGCCUUUUUAAUUUUAGGGGUCCAAGCGGGGGCGUUUAAUAGAUAGGAGGCGUUUUUAGUAGAGAGUCGUUAUUCUCAUAACUCUAACAAGCUCAACAAAACUAAUGUGCUUUCGGCGAAAAAAUCAAGAGUUAAAAAGGAAUUCAAUAUCCACUCCAUCGAUAAAUUGAUAAGUUUGGGCCGUCUAGAGAUUAUGUAUCUCUCUUUCAAAUCGCACCUAUCGAUAUCUAUCAAUUGAUGAUCCUAGGCGGUCUAGAGAUCCAUAUCGCUCUUUUAAAUCCGGCCAACAUCGAUGUCAGAGCUCAGGGUUAUUGUGUUGCCAUGCUUAGGCUAUCCUUACUUCUCACUUGACAUUGAACAAGACGAAAUAGGCAAAGCCUCGUUAAUCAAGAAAGAAACUGAAUAAUUUGAAUGAUUUUGCACCUUCUUGCUAAUUCCUAGUAUUUGGAGUCAUUCUUAUAGGGGGCGUCUAUUAGACAGGAGGCUUUAUUUAGAGAGGGCGUCUAAUGCAAAUUUAACAGCGUAGAGGGGGCGUUUAUUAGGUCAUUCACGGUACCAGUAGUUAGAAUAUUCUUCUUGGUAAAUAGCAAGUGGUAAGUAAUACGUAUCACCCUACUUGUGAUGUUUUUAGUUUCAACGUACACCUCUGCAAAAAGCUGAACGUCAAAACCACCACUCCAUAGUGCAGUUGGUGCGGAAGAAUGGUGCCAGGCCAAGUCUUCAUCAACCAGUAAGAUAUCAGAUUGUAUGUCCUUCUUGCCAACCUUGUCUUUCAGUAGAAAUUCGCUUGCAUUUUUUGUAUCUUUCUUGCUAAUGUGGAACGUUACUGUAGGACCUAUCGUAUGAGCUUUAAUCGUAGCUUAUAUCGCGAAGACCUUAUAUUUCUUCUUCUCUACACGAACAUUAUUUUUAUUCCCUCGGUUACGCCCAUCCGGAGAUCACAGUAUAGUGAAUCUACUGUGAGCUUACUCUAAACCAAACCCAUUAACAGUGGACACCAGCAAAGGUCGUGUAGUGUCCGGUUAAUACCGGUUUCAUCGUAUAUUUUAUUUCUUAGUUUUUAAUGUCUAUGGUUCUGGCGUUUCGUCUUAUACACAUGCGCUCUUUAUAAAAUGGUUAUGGACACAAUGGCGAAUAUGUUGCAACCACAUGGGUGGGAAGAAGGCUACACUAUUCGAUAGUAAGUUGCCUGCUGAAGCAUUUAACAAGAAAAAUUAAACUUAAAAACGUUACUCGACGUUUCGAUGCAUCACACAUCGUUAUCAAACAUUAAGUUAAAUUAAGUUUCAAACACAAUUCUUUGGAAAGUGCAUCUCAACUGUAACUAUUAGACUUUAAAGUAAAUCCGUACCCCCACCGCAAGGGCACCCAACGAGUGUUUUCUGUGAAUUAUCUGUUCGGAGAAGCAAAUAAUGACCACCACAGAAAAUAUCAUAACAUACUAUAACACUCUUUGUUGGUCACUCCAAAAUUUUGCAUAAGCAUUACUUGACUCCCAAGAGAAACUGAAAACAAUGCUUAUGCAAAACUUUGGAGUGACCAACAAAGAGUAUUAUAGUAUUUUAUGGUGUCAAUUGCCUAAAAUUUUCUUUACUUGAGGACGACUAGAAAUUUCUAAAUGACCGUUCCAUUCAGGUACAAAGCUUAUCUAAUAAUUAUCUACAUUGUACAUGAGAAAGAUUUGCUUUAGCCAAAAAAGUAGGGCCGUUUUGUUGAGUGAAAUACAGUCCAAUUAGCUAGAGCAGAUUUGGUCUCAAGGGCUGAAAUAGGCCCUAACGUGGGCUGGAAUAACCUUCUGAUUGAGUUUUUUGGCCUAAAUCGUGCUCAAAUGGCUCCAGGAAGGGCUGAAUCAGACUUAGGCCUGCAGGGCUGAAUUGACACUAUGGGACUGAUAGAGAAUACUUCAUGGAAAGUGCUAGCGUACGGUAUUUACACAUGAGUUGUUUUUGUAUCAGAAAUCGAACGAGUGAGAUUUCUGAUACAAAAACAACGAGUGGGUAAAUACCGUACGAAGCACUUUACAUGUGGCAUUGUGUUUAUUGUAUACAUACUGAGACAUUCAUCAUUUUGGUGGCCUUUUUAUUUUAAAUCUUUCCAAAAUGCUUAAAUUUGCCGCUACACACCAAGAAAUAACAAUGAAAACGAAGUAUCAGCUUUUUAGUAGAAACGUUUCUUAAAAACAUAAAUGACGGUAAGGAUAUGAGGUAAUCCAAGAACUACACGUAAUCUUAACUGUUUGUUCUGAAUGUACAAUUGAAAAUGAGUCAUUUAAGUAAAAUGGCCGGUUUCAAUAUAAGCUUAAGCUUAUAAAUGGAAGACAAAGUUCGAGGCUGUUUUUCGUGUUAUAUUCGAAUGCAGAACAAGACAAAAAGGGGAAGGCGACAACAAAGCGGCCGAGAGGUGUCAAAAGAAAAUCGACAGUGAAACAAACGAAACUAUUCCACUCCAUUUCUGACAUGUUUUUCACUUUUUUAACGACAAAAAACUCUUUGAGAAAAACUUUUCUCCUCGAAUGUGCGCGAAGCGGCGCUCAGCAAGCUGCAAGAAAAGACGGGAAUUUUGGCGCGAAACUCACACACCUCUGUGGCUUCUGAUUGGACGUAUUAUUUUUCUCACGUGUGAAAACCAUAGUUCACUCCUCUGAUUGGCUAGAACUCAUUUGCGUAUCAAAAUUUACAAAACAACGUUUUGGUGAGUAUUUCUCAGUAUGUAUAUAAUAAAAACGGAUCUUUUUAAUUUUCAGGGUAUAGUUAAAAUUUUCACUAAGUUUCUAAUUUCACCCAUUACAACAAACACAAUCCAAACCAAUAUUUUAUUUUAUCUAAAAAAAACAGUGAAACAUGCAUGUGACACUUGUUAUCAUGUCAGGUUUGUAAUACAGCGAAGGGCCACAGAAAGAACCUGAUGAAGUAGAAAUGUUGAAACAGAUUCUUCAGUCAAAUCAUUUUAAUGGCAAACUUAAGAGUUUCUAUUUUCUUAAAUUGCAGUUAUUUAGACAUGACAACAUGCAUAUUUUGUACAAACAUUAAAUACUACCAAUAUUCUUCCAAAAAAAUCUUUUUUCCCCAAACAAAAUAAGAACCUAAUUUGAGAACCGAAACAGCCUAGUUUCCAAGAAAAACAUUUUAUAAGAGCCUGGUAAGGCUCACUUUGAAAAAAACCUGCUACUUAGUUUUUACUGUAUACUAGUAAAUGUAAGAGCAGGGGAGGAAGAGUUAGCGAUAGAGUUAGAUAGGUUACUAGGGAUAGAGUUAGGGUUAGACGUGCAGUCUCAACUGAUUUCAAUAGUCAUAACACAUGACUUGAUCCACUGAGUUAAACGCUAGACUUGUCAGGAAAAGGAUGUUACGCUAAGGUGGUUAGGGUGGAUAGCUAAAGUUUAGCUGUGAAUAUGGGUAAGCUGAAGGUCAGAUUAUGGAUUGUUGAGCCAAGGCUUAGGAUUGGAUUAGGGCAAAGGUUACAAACAAAAAGGACGGUUUGCCGAGGGUUAACGUUUGAGGAAGCUCUGGGUAAGGAUACUAAAUUACGUUGCGUUACAUAUCAAUUACAUCGCCAUACUGAACGGAGGAUUGAAUUUUAAAAAACGGGUCAGGAGGUGAGAAAUACAGAGUUGUAGUUUCAAUACAAGCGAUUUUCGAAGACUAAUUACUGACUGAAGCAAAUAGUUUUAAAUUAAUGUUAUCUUACACGACGUGUCGUUUCGCUUUCUUCGUGUUACCACAGCAAAGGACAGAUAAUAUAACAUACACAUGUCAUUGUACAGUGUAAAUAUUCCAGCUCCGAGUAAAACCACUAGCCACAUCUGAAAUAAAAGGACAAAAGAAAAACCUUGUUUAAAGAAAAUUCAUCCAAAGGUGUUAAAAAAGUAAGAUAUACAACAAGACAGACAACACUAGAUCAGUUUCAUCCCUCUAUGGUUUCAUAAUCGGUAUCGAUGCAUAAAGCAGAAAAAUAACAGUACCGAACAUUUCGUCGGGUGUCUGUAAAAUGAGGAAACGGACGGCGGAUGCGGACGGCGGAAAAUAAUAAAGAAAUGAAUAAAAAUAAAUAAAUAAAUGUAUAAGAUAAAUAUAUAAGAUAGAUAAAUAAAUAAAUAAAUAAGACAAAUAAAUACGCUACGCUUGGCGAGAGGAGAGAGUUUGAAAAAAAGAAGAAAUGAAUAUAGUCAGCCUAACUUUAAGGGAUUGUUUAAGUCUCAACUUUCAAGGGAUAUACAUUUAUUUAUUUAGUUAUUAUUAUUAUUAUUAUUAUUAUUACUAUUAUUAUUAUUUUCAUUUUUCAUUUAAUUUGGUCUCACUUUAAUAGUAGGGGCGGAAAUUUAGAAGGGGGGGGGGGGGGCGACACUUGCCCAUAUAUAGAUACUACAUUGAAACCUCUAUUAAGCGGACCCCCAAUUAAGCGGACACCCUCUAUUAAGCGGACACUUGGGAAGGUCCCGAAGGUGUCCGGUUAAUAGAGGUUUCACUGUAUUUAUUUUACUGAGAAUUCUUUUAAAAAUAACAUAAAAUUUCACAGAAAAAGGGGUGCUCGCGGUCCAUUCGGCUAACCCCUAAAUUCGCUCAUGCGUAGGGUGUUCAGGAUGGAAAGCCCAUAUAGCCCAUAGCUUGUCAUUUUUUACACCCGUUUUCAGACCUGGCCUCUAUUAAAUUAUGUCAUCAUUAUCAUCAUUACUUAAUAGAUAAGAACAACAACAACAAAGAUUUCUUAAAAUCCGUUUUUAAUUCGCACAUUUCUCUUGCUAAUGACUCUAUAUCAGACCAAGAACUAACACUCUGUGGGUACCCCAUGGUUCAGUACUUGGACCACUUUUAUUUCCUUUGUGCAUUAAUGAUAUCCACGAAUCAAACAAUGUGUUCAACUUUUUUUUGUUUGCCGAUGAAACUAGCAUGUUGUAUGCUAAUAAAAACUUACACGAACUCGAAAACAAAUUUAACACUGAACUUGGAAAUCUUUAUGACUGGCUGAAGGCCAAUAAACUAUCACUUAACAUUAAGAAAUCAAGCUUUGUAAUUUCUCGACCGCGUCAAAAAUGCUUACUAUUUAUUCCUCGCAUAAGUGUUCUUGUCAUGAUAUGAAUCCACACAAACCUCUCGAGAUGAAACGGCAAUGUGUUAAAUACCUAGGAGUUUAUAUUGACGCUGAUCUUUCCUGGAAACACCAAAUCGAGCACAUAUCCGGAAAAAUCAGUAAAUGCCUUGGUGUUAUUGCAAAAUUAAGACAUUUUGUUCCUCGUCAAACUCUAUUGAUUAUUUUUCGGUCCCUAAUUUCGCUUUACUUAAGCUAUGGUAUAUGUGCUUUGGGCUAAGGUGCUAAGGUCCAUACAAACAAGUAAUUGAUUUUUUAUAUGUCAUAAGAGUAUUUGGAAGUCAGUAAUAAGUAUAUGCAUGUAGUAUGUAUUUUUUCCAUUUAUUAUUAAUAAUUAGAUUUGUAAAUUAGUCUUUUUUCCUUUCCUUUUCCAAAUUUGUUAAUUAAAUCGGAAGAGCCAGAUCGUGGAGAUUUAAUAGAUACUGUACUAUACUGUACUAUUUAUGUUGAGUACUCUCGAACGGAAAAAAUGAAAAAAUCAUUAGCGAACACUGGUGCUCUGAUAUGGAAGGGUCUACCUAAAUCUCUUAAGUCGUUGAGGAAAUCUCAAUUCAAAUCCAAAAUCAAACAAACUGUCCUGGGGAUUCUUAAGAAAACAGAUGACUAUACUGAUGUUCCCCAAAUACUUAGUGAUAUCAAGCAAAUGAAAAAGUUCUAAUAUCUCGUGUAUGUCAUUUAUUUCCUUGUCUGCCACCGAUAUCAUUCAACAUUAAGCUUUAAAAUAAUAUCUGUUUAACAAAUAGAUUCCACGUUGCCGUGCGUCUGUUCAGUAAUAGAUCACAAAUGACGUCAAAAGUGGCACACGAGCCGCAGGCGAGUGUGUCACUGAUGUUUUUACCACAUUUUGACAUCCUCUGUAAUCUAUUACUGAACAGACCCACGGCAACAUGGAAUCUAUUUGUUUUAUACAAUGAUCAGAAAAGAAAAACAAACCGAUACACAUACCUGCCUCGUACCGCUUGUCUGUUCGGAGAUCUGUGCUAGUUUAGGCAUUUUUUAAGUCCCAAACGCUAUAUUUCGUCUCUGCUUCUUCUUUUUUUCCUUAUCUUACUUGUAUACAGUUUCUUCGGAAAGUUUUUCAACGUCUUUUCUUGCUCAAAGCAGAAUAAUGGCGAAACAUUUUGCAAAACAGCGAGUCUCUCGUAGCAGUGACACACGAUGACAACUGUUGUGAAGAUUUCUUGUAGUUUAGACAUUCUUAAGUUGUAAAGAGCUCUUUUUCUCUCUUUUCUCCAUUUUUCUUCUUUGUAAAUAGCUCUUGCUAAGUUUUUUUCGAGGCUUUCACUGUCUUUCAUCGAAAUAAUCUCACAAACAUUUUCAAAACCGCGCUUCAUGAUGAACAAAACAAAGAAAACAAGUUUCCCGUGACGUCAUCCAUGUAUCUGUACUCCAAUAGAUCAUGGGCAACGACCAACUAGAGCGCGCGUAGCAUUUACAUCAUUGUAUAAAACUCUACAGAUCAGCUUCUGUAUUGUUAUGUUGACCAAUUUUCAUUAUUUUAAAAUACGAUUACUUUUCCCUGCUUCGAAUAGCGUUCUUUGCUAAUUUACAGGGUAACUGUAUUUAGGCUCAAUAUUUUGUUGUUGUUGUUGUUGUUUGUUUGUGACGGUCGUUCAACAUCUAUGCUCAGGUUAACAAAGCCAACGAGAUGCUAGUAUUCAUUAGUUGUACCAUCAGAGUAAGCGACCAAUAUCUACCCACAUUGCUCGUUAGACCCCCGCUAUUUUCAGUUCUGCUCUGAUAAGAGACUAAGAUCCUUUUCGAGUAAUAAACUUAUUUUAAAUUCAGUAACAACCGAACAGUUCAAGGGAACUUUUUAACAGAAUUCUUUAUUCAUGGAGAUCUCAGCCUGUCGUCCUUCAAGAAACGUUGCAGAAAUUUUUACAAGAAUAAGAUUAUAAGGGACUUUGAUCCUUAGUGUAGUCUCUUAUCAUAAUUAUCAGUUUCCAUGUGUUACUUUUUGACAAUUUCUUUUUUAUUCCUCUUCUUCUUUUUUUUUCUACAUUUUACGUUAUUUUAAAAUUGGUUGGACUGGCUCAUAGGGUUCCUCUGUUCCCUACUAGUCCUUCUCCGCUGCCCUCCUCGUGUCUGAUUAUAAUGACUUAUAUGCAGUGAAAAUGGCCUAAAUUAAAAUUAAAUUAAAAUCAAAAUGUGUCCAUUUGCAAUACAGGGCCGGGGAACCCCGUUUAUCUAUUAUCUGCCAAAAAGGUACUAUAAAAUGUGUCUAACGAAUUCAAUAUUUUUGUCGCUCAUGAAAAUGAUCAUUAUUAUUAUAGGUCAGUCUAAGGAAACUCUCGGGAAAAGCCUUCUUGCAAGUGGAUCAAGAAUCUGGAUUUAAUCUGCUCCAGGCGGCUGUCUUCGAGGGAGACAAUGACAUUGUUUUAAAAGCUCACGGCCUACUUGAUAACUUUGUAGAAGAGAUGGAAAUUGUGAAAACGGGAAAUAAUGCCAAAGUUUUUCCAGGGAAAACUGCAGUUGAAAUCUUAUCAUCUUAUCGUCUUAGGAGAACUACAAAUCGUUAUCAUCGUAUCAAAAGCCUUUAUAAUCAGCGGGCCAAGGAAAACUUAAGACUGACCAAGCUGCAGUUGGCUACAUGCAGUAAUGAUGCGGAACUGGCGGUUGAGCUUGUAUUGAAUGACGGAGUAGAUAUUAAUUCUCAAGGGACAGACAAUGAUUACACAGCAUUGUUGCAUGCAAGUCGGUCAUCCUCCAGUCAGUUCAUUGAGACCCUUAUUGAUCUUGGUGCCGACGUUAGUGCCCAGAGAAAAGAGAGUAAAAAAGCACCAUUAACAUUAGCGGCUGAUUGCAACAACUACAUGGCAUUGUGCUUACUUUUAAGGCAUGGAGCUGAUGUAAAUGUCCAGGAUGGUUCUGGGUUCACCCCACUGCAUUUUUCAAUCAGAAAGGAUCACGAAAAUUUCAUCAAAUUAUUACUUGCAAACAAAGUGGAUGUAAAUAUACAAGACAAAAGUGGAUUUGCACCCUUGCACUGUUGUGUCAUAGAGGGUAACGUAAACCUCGCCAGAUUGUUUCUUGAUCACAACGCGGAUGUAAAUAUACAAGACAAAAGUGGGUAUGCACCCUUGCAUUGGUGUGUCAGGAAGGGGAACGAAAACCUCGUCAGAUUGUUUCUAGAGCACAACGCGGAUGUAAAUAUACAAGAUAAAAGUGGAUAUGCACCCUUCGUAACCACACAGUAUCUCCCUUUGCUUUUGGAGGAGUCUAACAAAGAACUUCACAACGCGGAUGUAAAUAUACAAGAUAAAAGUGGAUAUGCACCCUUGCACUGUUGUGUCAUGGAGGGUAACGUAAACCUCGCCAGAUUGUUUCUUGAGCACAACGCGAAUGUAAAUAUACAAGAUAAAAGUGGGUAUGCACCCUUGCAUUGGUGUGUCAGGAAGGGGAACGAAAACUUCGUCAGAUUGUUUCUAGAGCACAACGCGGAUGUAAAUAUACAAGAUAAAAGUGGGUAUGCACCCUUGCAUUGGUGUGUCAUAGAGGGAAACGAAAACCUCGUCAGAUUGUUUCUAGAGCACAACGCGAAUGUAAAUACUUGUAGAUAUGCACUCUUGCGUUGGUGUAUCAAAAAGGGUAACGAGAGCCUCCUGAGACUGUUUCUAGAGCACAACGAGGAUCAUGUAAAUAUGCAAGAUGAAAGUGGAUAUGCACUCUUACAUUGGUGUGUCAUAAUGGGUAACAUAGACCUCGUCAGAUUAUUUCUUGAACACAACGCGGAUGUAAAUAUACAAGAUAAUGACGGAUGUACACCACUGCACGUGUCAGUCGCAAGGAAUGACGAAACCAUCGUCAGGUUGUUACUUCAACACAGUGCGGAUGUAAAUAUACAAGAUAAGAGUGGAUAUACACCACUUUACGGGUCAAUCAAAAGGAUUCACAACAACCUCACCAGAUUGUUACUUGAGCACAAAGCGGACGUAAAUAUUCAAGACAAUGAUGGAUAUGCACCGCUUCACUUAUUAGCUCGUGGAAAUAACAGCAAGAUAAUUGAUCUCCUGGUGAAGUAUGGGUUGCAAAAUAUAGACAUAUGUGAUGCAGAAGGCAGGACUCCUCUUCAACUGGCAGUGAGAUAUGAAAACGCCCAAGCUGUGAAAAAGCUUGUGGAUCUAGGAGCUGAUAUUAGUGUGGUUAAAGCUGAUAAAGAGGAUGUUAUUAGACUGAAACGCUUAAUGGAGGAAGCGGAACAA